CCGUAUUUUAUGAAUUAAAUUGUUAACUUUAGUAUUAUUUAUAUUUUUAUUUAUUUUUAAAAUGAUUAAUUUUAUAUAUUUAUGACUAUUAACGUACUAUUAAACGUACUUUAGCUUAGAGACAAAGUAUAAUACCCGUACGUAUUUUUUACGUAACUUUCCCGUACCGUAUUUUACUAACUAUGGCUAUUAGUGCUAGUGGUACGCUACAAGUACUAGUGGUACGCUACCAAUGCUAGUGGUACGGUACCAUUACCACUUGUAGCGGUACCAUUAGCAGUACCAGUAUCACUGGUAGCGGUAUCAUUGCCACUGGUAGCGUACCACUAGAGACUAGCAAAAAAAAAAGAUCUGAAAUAUGAAAAAUCACAUAUCUGGAAAAAAAAUAAGGGAUGACGAAAGGGGAGGCAGGGGAGAGGCGGUGACCUCGUGGCGACGAUGGUGGUGGGAGACAGAGGGCUGCAGGAGGGUUGCGAUGACGAUGGUGGUGGGAGGAGGAGGUCGCGAUGGCUGCGGGGCGGUGGUGGGAGGAGGAGGUCGCGAUGGCUGCGGGGCGAGGGACGUGACAGUGCUGGGAGGCGGAGGGCUGCAGCAGUCAUGAGAGGCGGAGGGCGUGGCAGGUCGGCAGGAUGGGCUGCAACGACGGUGGUGGCAGCCGAUAUAUAUAUAUAUAUAGAGAGAGAGAGAGAGGGAAGAGAUGGGAGGAAGAAGAAGAAUAGGAAGAAGAAAGAUGGUGUGAGACAGAGAGAGGAAAGAGAGAAUGUAGGGUUUUAGGUAUUAAUAGGGUAAUAAUCUAGUGUGAUCAAUUUUUUCGUCCAAAAAUACCUUUAAUCCAAUCUGUACCAUUGAUUUUAAAAAAAAAGAAUAAAGAGACAAGAGAGAAAGAACGAAUCCUAUGGUUAUAAAAAUGAGUUGUCAAUCUCACAACCCCCUAAUGGGGUUGUCACCUUAUCUCAUCCCGUAUAAUAGGUAGUGCGGAUUUUAUUUAGGAGAGGGAUCGAGAGAAGAUAAGAGAAUAAAUUUUGUUUAUCAACAUUAUAUAUUAAUAGCAAACAAAACAAUUAAUUUCAAUAAGUUAUAUAUAAUGCUAAUAAAUUAUAUUAAUUAUAUAGUUUUAGCUCCUGCCAAUUGAUUGAUUGAUUUUGACCCUAAUAUGCAAUGCAAUUGAAAGAAAUAAACCCACAGCAGCCCUUGGUACUGUACACGCAGACACCUUUUACUGUACAAUGUGACUGACACGCUAAAACACAACACCUAACAAUGGCCAAGUGUAACCAAUGAAAGAGACUGCAGUAUAGUGGCACAAGUAAUAAAUAUCGAAUCCACGGGUCUCUAGAGUUACUAUUACUCAGCUUCAGUUCAUUAUCUAGCAAACUAGAUUAAGGAUUGAUUAACCAAACUACUCUACUAACUAAACUAAGUAAAACUACUAAUUACAGUUUGGGAACUCACUUAGGUAUGAUUCCCCCUAACUCCUCAAUUAGGUCCAAGUUGUAAUUCCUUUUGGUUGUUUUACUGUUGAUUAAACUGCGGAAGAUCCGACAGUAGCUUGGAAUCUCUUAAGCUGACCAAACCCUCUCAGUCGAACUAUCCGGCAGACGACUAGUCUUCACCGGGAUAGAAAGCUGAAGCAAUAAGCACAGAACUCCACUACUGGAAUUGGAUUCCAGUACAAAGCAGUAAACUGGCUAACUCUCGUAUAGCCAAUCUCCUACUACCGAAUGAUGAGACUCUAGCAACCUAAUAAGAUUCUAUAUAUCUCAGAUUGCAGCAGGAAUCAGGAAAAGUUGAUCAGACUUCAAUUGACUCAAUAAACAUGCAUCAUUCGAUUAUAAUCAAACAAUAAAGCAUCCAAAACUUCAUACAAGAAAGAUCCUAACUCAUGGAACUAGGGUUCCUCAAAACCUAAGUGAAAGGAAGUUACUCCAUAGAGAAGAGAGAGACUGCAGAAAUCUGAUCUAGAUCUUCAAUCUCCAUCUCCAAGCUUGAUUCCCGAGCUUCAAUGGCGAAGAAAUCCUCCAAGAUAGCUCCAAGAACGUUCCCAAGUCGCUCUCUCUCUCUAGGGUUCGUCCCUUGGGUGUUUGGGAUCCAAACCCAGCUCUCUCUCCCUCCUUUUGCUGAAAAUCGGGUUUUAAAUAGCAAUUCCCGACUCACACGGCCAGGCCACACGGCCGUGUGGCUUUCCCAGCUGCCCGUGUGAAGGCUCGGUGAUUUCCACACGGCCACAUGGCCAGGUCACACGGCCGUGUGGGUUGUGCCCGUGUGGCUUGCUCAGCCUCUGUUUAAUGCUUCGUUUCUCCCUCGUUCGGACUCCGAAUCAGUCGCCGUUUGAUCCCAGACGCUCGUAGUCUCGUCCUCUUUCUUUUCAUGACAAGCUUGCAUGAUUCUUUGUCCAUAAAGUGAGGUAGAAAUC